AGAAAAUAAAGAAAGAAGGUAGGCAGAGAGAAUCGAAUCAAAACCUCACUGUCAUCAGAUCGUACAUCCGCCACUAUCACAGUACCCAGCAAUGCAAAACUCCACCCAUUCCCCAUCGCCACCGCCACCAACACCGUCUCCAUUUCUCUCCUCCACACCCACCGCCGCCGCCGCCACCAUCCCCAUUCUCUCAAUCAAAGACCCCAAAGCCCUCCUCUCAAUCAUCCUAGUCUCUUCCCUUUUCGCCCUCCUCCUCUUCCUCUCCUCCUCCUCCUCAUCAUCAUUAUCCUCCUCCGCCGCCCUCAUUCAUUCUCGACCCGACCCAUUUCUCUUCCCCAACCAGCAAGCCCACCGCAUCAUUUACCACGACAACAACUCCUCAGAUCCCACGCCCCCCUCCAUCGCCUACCUCUUGUCAGGGUCAAAAGGCGACUUGGGUCGGAUCCUGAGGCUCCUCUACGCCGCUUACCACCCCAGGAACCAGUACCUCCUCCACCUUGACCGGUCCGCUUCCGAUUCCGAGCGGGAAAAGUUGGCUCUGAGAGUCCAAUCACUGCCCAUUUUCAGAGCUGCCCAGAAUGUCCAUGUCAUUGGUAAGGCUGAUUUUGUGUACCCAACUGGGUCUUCUGCUAUCUCUUUUACGCUCCAUGGCGCCUCGAUACUUAUGCGUCUGUCGCCAAAUUGGGAUUGGUUUAUCAGCCUCAGUGUUCGUGAUUACCCACUAAUCACACAGGAUGAUCUUCUUCACAUUAUGUCGUUCUUGCCUAAAGAUCUCAACUUUGUGAACCAUUCAAGUUAUAUCGGCUGGAGAGAGUCUAGGAGAUUAAGACCGAUAAUUGUUGAUCCGGGGCUUUAUCUUUCGGAGAAAACUGACAUGUUCUAUGCUACACAGAAAAGGGUGUUGCCUAAUGCUUACCGGUUGUUCUCGGGUUCUUCUUUUACGAUUCUGAGUCGCAAUUUCAUUGAAUUUUGUGUUGUUGGUAUUGAUAACCUGCCAAGGACUUUGUUGAUGUACUUCUCAAACACACCUUCUGCUCUUUCGAAUUACUUCCCUACCAUUCUUUGCAACUCCCAGCAGUUCAAUAAGACUAUCAUAAACCAUAACUUAGUAUAUGCUAAUUCCGAGACACCCCCUAGAGAGAAGCCCCAGCCAAUCAGUUCCGCUGAUUAUGAUGCUAUGAUUCAGCAUGGAGCUGCCUUUGUCACUGGACUCCGGGUAGAUGAUCCGAUUCUUGACCGGGUGGAUAGAGAAAUUUUAAAACGCAGGCGAGGAAAAGUUGUUCCUGGCGGCUGGUGUUUAGGUGGGUUUGCAAACGACACUUGUUCGGUCUGGGGGGAUGCUGAUAUUUUGAGGCCUAGUCCACAAGCAAGAAGACUUGAGCAACUUUUAGUCGGAUUGCUCUCAAAUGGCACAUUCCUGUCUCAUCAAUGUAUAUACGAGUGACCUGGAUCAUCAGUCCCACGAGAGAUGGAGAGAAACGGAUAAUGUAAGUUGCCCGCCCCUUCAGCAUUUGGAAAUUUUGGAAGAAGAGUAACUGCUACGGGGUGAUUCUUUUAGCGGCGCUAGGCUCAGUUAAAUCGUGAUUAUUGUAAAAUGUAUUACAAAUCAUUGUGCUAUGAGUCAUGUCCCUGUUGUACAAGUGACGUUUGCCUCCAUUCUCUGAAAGUAAAGUAGUUUGUGUUUCUUUUUAA